AUUCGAGGAAAAUGGUCGGUUUUCCUUCUUGUGGCCCAUCACAGUGCCCAUAACUAACAUCAGAAUUCAAAAGUGAGCCUCUGGUUCAUGAACUGUUCUUUCUGGCAAAAAAGCAAAUCAGAAAAUAGUUUAGUAAAUGUCUUCCUCAAUCACCCCACCUUUCAGACAGCCCCACAAGCCAUAUUGGCCAAAGUUCUUAAAAUCAGCCCAAGAGAGAUACUAGGAAGGAAGGAAAGGGGCGAGCCAUCAGCCAGCUAUUGAACAACUAAGAAAGUUCAUAUUCUCUUAGAAACUCCCAAUAUAAAAGCCCAAUUCUUCACAGCCCUUUGUUCAUUAAGGAAGGAAAUUUCCAGAGGAAUAAUGGAGUUUCCCCUUUUGGGCAUCAUCUUCUUGUGGAUGUUAUUUGCAGUCCCUUCUUGUGGAAGAUUUUUUUACACGCCUCCAACUGUUCCACGUUUGACGGAUCUCGUCCCUCAUGUCUCAAUCGAUCAGUGCUUUGCCAAGAUGUUUGGGGCCUCAAAUAUCCAGCUGAUGAAUAAUGGGUCCUUCCUCAAUCUCACUCUAGACAAAGUCUCUGGUGCUGGUCUGGUCUCCAGAAACAAAUACCAUUAUGGAUUUUUCAGUGCUUCAAUUAAGCUUCCAUCAGGGCUCACUUCAGGGGUUGUAGUGGCAUUUUAUCUGUCGAAUGCAGAUGCCUAUCCCCAUUCUCACGAUGAGAUUGACAUUGAGCUGUUGGGACAUGACAAGAGAAAAGAUUGGGUUAUUCAAACAAAUAUUUAUGCCAAUGGAAGUGUCAAGACAGGAAGAGAAGAGAAAUUUUAUCUCUGGUUUGAUCCCAGCGUGGAGCACCAUGAUUACACCAUCAUUUGGAACAAUUAUCAUAUAGUGUUUCUGGUGGAUAACGUACCAGUUAGAGAGCUGCGCAAUUCUGAAGCUUUCUAUCCAUUAAAACCAAUGUCAGUUUUUGUCACAAUAUGGGAUGGUUCAGAGUGGGCAACUCAUGGGGGAAAAUACCCAGUUGACUACAAGUAUGCGCCAUAUGUAGCUUCUUUUGCAGAAAUGGAGAUCAGUGGCAGCAUAUCAGAUUCCAAAGCCAAUGUUUCGAGCCCAGAUACAGUGGAGGGGCCAGAAUUUAUCAAGCUAACACAGCAGCAAAUGGGGGCAAUGGAUUGGGCAAGGAGGAAGCUAAUGUUCUACUCCUAUUGUAAAGAUACAUCUAGAUACAAGGUUGUGGCACCAGAGUGCAAAUAGAUAUGUUUUUACUUAUUGACAUCAUUCUUUUGAGUGUUCUCAUAAAUUUUAGGUUAGAAAGAAAAGAGUGUGUUGUAGCCUUGUUAUACCAUAAUCAUUAGGGGGAGCCUCCAGUGUAUUACAUGGGAUGGAAGAAGGAACACGUUUGUCUUUGUGCUUCUCUUUUGCUUUUUUUUUUUUUUCCUCUCUUUCUUUUUGGAAAAACAAUUAUCCGUUGGGCAUA